GCAGAGACGGUAGAGGUAAACGAAAUUUUGACAGAUAAGCAACAACAUAAACAAGAAAAUUAAUCGGUGCCAUCGAUGAUGAUAGAUUAAAAAGAUUUUCGAAAGAAGUACAUUAGCAUCACCUCAACAUGGAAUGUCAAUAUGAUCCGCUGUUGGGUCCAAAUCCAACCAGUCAAAAAUUUGGUGAAAUACGUGGCAAUUACAUGGGUGUACUUUCCUAUCACUGUGUAAUAUGUCCAAUUGAAGAAAUGAAUCACGACGAGUUUCUCGUCCAUUACAUGAUACAUUUUCGAGAUUUAUUUCACAUCAAAGAAGAAGCACCAGAAGAUGUGCCAGAAUCAAAUUUCAGAAUUGCUCAAGUCCCUGAAAUCGAAGAAAUUAAAAUAGAAAUUCCACAAGCCAACAGUUUCGUUUCCAGUGAAAUGAAACCAGAACCAAGAGAUGCUGAAGAUAGUUGGUCGAAUGAAGAUGAGGUGGACCAUUCAAUGGAUCGUUCAUUGGAUGAGGUUGAUCGUUCUACAGCGAAGAGGCGAGGCAGACCAAAGAAUUCUGUAAAAUUUACCGAGCCGAAGGAAUGUGGAAUUUGUGGUGAAAAGUUUGAGCUCAGGCACACAUUUAAGGAACACAUUCGGAUCCACCAGUGUGGUCCUACUCCCAAAGUGUUUCAAUGCGACAUUUGCGGACGCAAGGCGUCGAAAUUUAAGUAUCUCAUCGACCAUUUUCGCUACAAACACACCAGCAAGAUAAAGUGUGAAAUUUGCCAAAAGAUGAUACGGAAGAACUACCGGAUUGCUCACCUUAAGCGGCACAAUGACGAACGAAAUUUUAAGUGUAUGAUAUGCAACAAGGCUUUUGUUAUGGCCGGAGAUCUCACAGCGCACUUAAAACUUCAUUCGACAGCCGCGACCAAGAAUCCUAGUUCCAAGAAAUUCGUCGAGCCACAAACGUGCAGUGUGUGCGGACAAAAAUUCAUCGGAAUCAGUGCCUACGAACGACACAUUCAGAGCCACGGUACAACGGCAUCGUUAUACGAAUGUGAUAUUUGUGGCCGCCGGGUAAAAGAAAAGAAAAACCUGCUGAGCCACAUGCUGUUCCGUCAUUCGGGCAUGCCGAAAGCGAAGGCGACAUGCAACAUUUGUGGUAAAACAUUCAAUCGAAAAUAUCUGAAUCUGCACGUACAGAAACACAACGUCACGAAUCAAAAGCCAAGUCACAUCUGUCCCAUUUGUGGUAAGACAUUUUUGGUCAGUGCUGAUUUGUCAGCGCACAUACGACAGCACAAUCGGACAACAGAAGCUGCACCGUGUUCUAUAUGUGGAAAAACAUUUGCAUCGGCUGCAUCGCUAGCCGAUCAUAACCGGGUGCAUUCCGGUGAAAGACCGUUUCCUUGUCCAAUUUGUGGUUCAAAAUUCCGUACCAGAAGUAUGCUGUACGUCCAUCGAACUAUCCAUUUAACGGAAAAAAAUUUCGCCUGUGAUAUAUGCCAUAUGCGAUUCAAAAAUCCCGCCUACGUGAAGACGCACAAGAGGAAGGUCCACGAAAAGAACAAGGUGCCCAAAAAUAGUUUGUCAGUAAAUGCUUCGACGUUUUCGUUGAAAUAAAUGUAAACUGGGGAACAUC